CCUUGUUUUACUAUACCGGUGUAGUUUCUGAUUAACAAAAAUAGAGGAAGUCGUACUCAAAAGUGAUAACAAAAUAUCAGAUUUUCGAAUUAAUUUUUGUUUUAUAUAAAAUUUCAGAUAAAUCUGUAGAUUGGUGGUCCUUCGGUGUAUUAGUUUAUAUGAUGUUGGUAGGAAAAACCCCAAUUGAUAUCUAUCUGCAAGGGUUAAACAGUCCAUCUACCUCUACAAUCAUGUGCCAAACUAUUAAGGUUACAGACAGUUUAGAUCCAAGUUCAAUAUUUCCUCUAGAUUUAUCCCAAGAAGCGAAAUCUUUCAUCACGCAACUCCUGCAGAAAGAUGUUAAAAAGCGAUUGGGUUCGAGAAACGAAGAAGAAAUUAGAAAACACGAGUUUUUAAAGGGCAUGCCCUGGCCACUAGCAACACGUUAGUUGUACGGUGCACUUUUAAAAAGUCAUGUAAAAGUAUUACACUAUUAUUAAAUUUUGUAAAUUAUUUCCUAAAUAUACGGCGAUUUUGCGGUCAGGAAACGAA